AUGAUGGCGAUCACGGCGCAUUUUGUACCCCACCUCGGAGACGGCCCACUAUGGCCAAAUAAUUCGUGGGAAGAAGCCGAGAUAUGUAAAAACUAUUGGUGGACCAACCUGUUGUUCAUAAGCAAUUUCGUUGACGUCAAAUAUCAGUGCCUCAUAUUGAGUUGGUACUUAUCGUGUGAUAUCCAGUUUUUCGUAAUCGGAGUUAUUGUCGUUUACCUUUACACGAAAAACCCAAAAUAUGGAAUCACAUUGCUUGGCACUAUAAUUGGUUUGUCGAUAUCCGUGCCGUUCAUAAUCACUCUUUUGACGGGAAGAGAAGGAUUGGAUAGCAUUAUUAUACCAUACAUAGUGAGUAUGAGAAAUAUUUUAUCGUUAAAUGAGUCGUACCGACCAAGUUACAUGCGUGCCACGCCAUUCUUUGUAGGCUUAGCCAUGAGCUUUGUAGUGGAAAAAAUGAAGGAAAAAAAAGUGAAAUUUUCACAAACGGUGGUUCACGGUGGAUUAUUUUCCAUUUGUACGUUUACUUUAUGGGUUCAAUGUUACGGCGCUGUAUUCUAUGAGAGAAAUAGACCUUAUUAUCCAUUGGAACACGCCUUGUACUCAACUAUCUGUCAUUGUACGUGGGCAGUAGCGGGUAUAUGGAUUACCACAAGUUAUUUCACGUCUGGCUACGGUUUACUGGACAAUUUGUUUAACAAUAGAUUUGUUGCGAUUUUGGGAAAACUCUCAUACCACAUUUUGUUGGUGAACAUCACUGUUAUGCAAACAUCUCAGAGUUCGCAGAGGUUACCAGUUCAUCUGUCCUCAAGAUAUGUGUUUGACUCUUAUUUCUAUGAUGUAUUCAUAUGUUAUCUGAUGGCCAUCAUCUUAUAUUUGGUUGUUCAUGAGCCGUUUGUAAAAUUGACUAAUAAACUGUUUUAUCAGAGGAAAAUUAUAAGCUCGUUCAAGAAUGGAACACCGAUCAAAAAACCAGCUACCUGCAGCAGUAAAACUGUUAAAAAAGACUAA